AUGGUCGAGACAGUGACUUUGGGCCGCGCCAAGCGGUCUACUGCCGGUAAUCUCAUGAGGGCAUUGCUCGACAAAGCCCACGAAGAAGAUGAUGCCCUCCUUGCCGAGUUGGACGAUGACGAGGAAUUCACUCCUCCCCAAGAGGCUCGGGAUGUCUUUCUGGAAGAUUUCGCGGAUACUGACGAGGAAAUCGAGAUGGAUGAAGAGGAGACUGAACGUCAAUUACAGAGGGAAGAGCGGAGGAAGGCGAAAGGGAAGAAUAAAGCCUAUAAUCCUCUGGCCUCCAACGCAAAACCGAAACAGAUCCGCUUUUCAGAUCCAGAUUCUGAAGAUGUAGCAGACACUUCCUUUCCUAAAUCCUCUGAUGAAAUGAAACAAGGGCUGGUGUUGAACAAUGGGGAAUCUGUGAUAGAUCCUUCCACUAUGGCCCCAUCUACUCUCGUCCUCGCUCUUCGGAAACAACGACGUGAAGAGAAACGUAUGAAUCGAUCUGAAGCUCGUCGUUCAACUAUGAGAGCAUCAACAUUACGUACUGAAAAGGAAAUUCUUCAAAAGGAACAAGAAGAUCAACAAAAGGUACAUCGAAAAGGAAGGAAAGCUUUACAUGAAGGUGGUGAAGUUAGAGGAUUAAGACCUAUGACACAAUCGGAAUUGAUUACUGCUGCUUUAGAAGAAGAGGAAAGGAAUAAAGAAGCUUUGAGAGAUUGGUUAAAGCGGGAAGAAGAGAAAAGGGAGUUGAGACGUGUGGGAAGGAAACGAGUUAGAGGACCUAGAUGGACUUGGGUCAGUAGGACGGUAGGGAAAAUGGUACAAGUUGUUGGGGACGGUGAAAUGAGACCUGUUCAUGAGGAUACUCCGAUGGAGGAUACCCAGGGCUCGAUGAAUGCGGGCCAAGUCAUUGGAAAUACCGAGGAGAAAAUGGUUCGAGGAGAAAAUGAAGCCGGUCCCUCUGAGAUUCCCGGUGAAAAUGGAGUAAGACAUAUGUUGGAUGGAGGAUCUGGUGAGGCAGAGAUGGGAUCACGGUAUAUGAGAAAUUAUAUUAUUCUUUCUCAAAUACCUGGAGGAUUACCAGCUGAGCUCAAGGUGAUAUUGGGAGAUCAUGUGGAAUGGGAUCAAGUUAAAAUCAUCCCUUCGCGUAAUAGGCCUAUCAAUCGUCGACUUCCAAUCUGCCCAUUCACUGGUCAAACGGCAAAGUAUAAACACCCAUCUACCGGUAUACCGUACGCCAACGUUUCUGCAUAUAAAGAAAUUGAAGCUUUGUUAGCUCAUCGUUAUAUUUGGGACACUGCUGCUGGAUGUUGGAUGGGAGGAGAAGAGGAUGUAUUUGCAGAAGGAGUGGAAGAUGUGGAAGGUUGGAAAGAGGCCUUACAUGGUGGAUGGAUAGCCGGACGAAAGUUACCAGAACGUACUGCAGUGGGAGAAGAAGUACCAGAGGAAAGGGGAGAAGUUCUGGGAGAAGGAAUACAUGAAAGUGGGCAAGUUGACAACGUGUCGAAAGGGAAGAAGAGGAGGGCGUCGACCAUGGAAACUAGCGAGGUUUUGGCAGGGACGGAAAACGCCUCGAAGGUUACUGUCAAAAGAGCUAAGAGCAAGGGAAAGAAGUGA